ACACUGAAGCUUUUCUGAUGAAAAAUGCUAAAGUCGACCUGUGUUUACAAGCCAGCCCGACAGAUGGGAAUUUACUGCUGGAGGACUGUAAUCCAGAGUCAGGUUUCCAGAACUGGUCUUGCAGCCAGGGCUACCUGGUGGCAAACAGGAAAGGAGUUGUUCUCAAAAAUGUAAGAGGCCCCAAGGCCCAAUGGCAAGAUGUUACACAGAGGAGCGUGUGUGAGAAGAAAGUGGCUGAGACAAAGCAAGACAGGUACUUCCCUGCAGCCCUUGCCAGCACACGCAUGUACGACCACACAGCAGGCAACGUGACCCUUGCGCUGGGUAUAGCUCAAGAAGAGCUGGAGGAGCUGCUCUGGUUCUUCCGCAGAGAAGACCCGUCAACGUGGAAUUACUCCGUCCUUGCACUUUCCUUUGUGGCCAUGAUUUUGGGUCUUUUCCUCCUGGGCAUUAACAUUGCGCGAAACAGGAAAAGGAAGAUGCACGUGUACAGAGGAGCAGAGCAAAUCACACAGCAGGCUGAGCUGGAAGCCAAGCAAGCCCUGAUGCCUGUGCAGGAAUACAGCCCGCCCGAACCGCAAAAGCAGGAGCCGGUGCCCCAGGAUCAGAGAUCGGGAGAUGUGAUGGUCCAGUGGAAGGACGGGACGGUCACAUCUCUGUAUGCAGAGAGGUCUGAGGAUGCCAUAUAA